CUGGGUUUAGCAGCACUAAGGAACUAUUACCACCCAGAAUUGUUUCUCUCCCUCAUUCUUCCCCAGCCCCCCAAGGCUGUAAUUGCCGUGGUCGUACACUUUCUUGCGGUCUUAUUCUAAACUAAUGACCUGCUCUCUCAAAGGGUCAAAAGGUUGCCCGGUUUCCAGAGGAACGCCGUGUUCUCGGGCCUGAGGGGGCUGUGAGGCGAUGCAGGCGAGACCCAUUGCCUUCCCAUAACUUCCGACAGCCGCAGCAACCUCAUCUGGAACGACCCAUUGCACUAGAAGGCGAUGGCACAGGAUGCGCGCAUUUUGCGCGCACUUCCUCCAGGUCCAGGCUCGGUCUUAGAUUCUCAACUAAACGAGAAAACAACCAAUACAGAAUGGAUGUCUGGAGGCAUCAACCACGCUCAUAACGGGCAAAGUAAUCAUGACCAUUUUCCCGAACUUCCUCGCCAUGGCGCGCUGGAAUUGUCGCCUAAUGCCUUACAGACGCUAGAGGAAGCGUCAACGGAGGAUGGUCAGGAUGAUGUCAUGUUAGAAAAGAGAUUGCGAACUCUUCCGGCUUGGAUCCGAUCUGUCGAUUACAAGGAACCUGAGGGCGAAUCUUCUGCCGCCUCGCGACUAUUACCUUCGCAUCCGGAUGAUGCCGUUGUCGCUCAACAUAACCACUCGCCCUAUACGACUGCAAGAGUAGAUUUUGCAAGUCGAGGAACAAGCUUGGAGGAAGGGCGCGCGACAUCGCCUCGCGAAUCGCGUUGGAAGAAUUUCUCUAAAUUAAUUGCCUACCCAAGGGACCCAGGUGUUGAGGAAAAGCUUGUGACCCCCGAAUGGCUGAAUGAAAACCAUGGUGACUACUCACAACCAUGGCGCGGAAGACUUGAAGAAUGGAGUGGGGAGGAUACAGAAGAUCCGCUGAGAAUGAAACGGCGGAGAGAGAUUUGGUUCAAACGCUUCCAUCAUACCUUAUUGAAGAGUCCUAUCGUACCCUUGGUUUUUCGCCUAACAGUGUGGGUCUUUUCGCUCACUGCGCUUGCGCUUGGAGCCUCUAUUCAGCACAUGUCGCAUCAGUAUGCGCAUCCUCAGGGCCCCUCUGCGCUAAUGGCGAUUAUUGUCGAUGCCGUGGCCCUGGUUUACCUGGUGUAUAUUACUUGGGAUGAAUAUACUUCCAAACCGCUGGGUCUUCGCUCCCCAUCGGCCAAAGCACGGCUUGUCCUUCUCGAUAUUUUCUUCAUUGUCUUUGACUCUGCCAACCUAAGUUUGGCCUUUGAGUCACUGUCCACAGUUAGUGGCGCAUGCACCGUCGGUGAGGUUAACCAGCAGGUCGCUCCUAAGAACAAUGCAAUCUGCGACCGACAAAUUGCACUAGCCAGUGUUCUAUUAAUUGCUCUUUUGGCUUGGCUUACAACAUUCGCCAUUAGUGUUUUAAGACUCGUAGAUCGCGCUGCACAGUGAUGCUCCUUUUUUGCUUUCUAACAUCUUAUCUUGCGCUAUUGCCCUUACAAUAGUUGCUUGCGCCGCUCUUUCAAUCUAUGAGGCCCAGCUCAAGGUCCCCCUUUUUCC